AUGGCCACCAUCCCAGAUCACCCGUCUCUUGCUCGGAUCCCGCCAGGAUACCGGACAAAGCUGAGCCCCAAAGCAGUCGAUAUCAUUGCCAAAGUAUACGAUUGGGUUGAAAAUGAGUGCAUUCCGGCAGACCACAUUGUCAAGGCGCAACUGGAGGAGAACCGGUGGGCGAUGCCGCCCUACAUCAAGGAACUGAGAAAGAAGGCAAAGGCACAAGGCUUGUUCAAUCUCUUCCUACCGAACCACUUCAAGGAAAGCCCCGGACUCACGAUUCUGGAGUAUUCGUGCUGCUGUGAACUUCUUGGCCGAGUUUACUGGGCUCCAAUGACACUCAACUGCCAUGCGCCAGACACCGGCAACAUUGAGCUUUUGGCCAAAUACUGCACGGAAGAGCAGAAGAAGAAAUGGAUGCAGCCUCUCUUGGACGGAGAGUGUUUGUCUGCCUAUUCGAUGACAGAACCUGAUGUUGCUGCCUCGGACGCAACGAACAUUUCGUGCCGUAUUCGACGGGAAGGUAACGAGUACGUGAUCAACGGUCGCAAGCUGUAUGGGAACUGGAUUGGAAAUGAGGAUGUCAAGUUCUACAUCCUAAUGGGGUGCUCUGAUCCAGACAAUCCGGAUCCCUGGAAGCGCCACUCGACCGUGAUUGUGCCCAGGGACACUCCAGGACUGAAGGCAGUCCGGUACAUGACAAUCAUGGGCUAUGACUGCGCCCCAGAGGGGCAUGGUGAGUAUGUGUAUGAGAAUGUGAGGAUCCCCGCGGAAAAUAUCAUCUUGGGAGAAGGGCGAGCAUUCGAAAUCGCUCAAGGUCGACUUGGGCCGGGGAGAAUACACCAUUGCAUGCGCCUGCUUGGUCAAGCUGAGCGCGCAUAUGAACAUGCACUCAUCAGAGCUACGGAUGUAAGAAAGAAGCCCCGGGGUAAAUUGAUUGGUGAGUUCGACAGCAAUAUCGAGCGGCUUGCCGACAUGCGCAUGGAGAUCGACGCUCUUCGCCUGGUUGUUCUGAACGCCGCAGAGACCAUGGAUCUCAUGGGCAACGUCGCAGGAAGAUACGCCAUUGCCCAGGCGAAGAUCAUGGUGCCUCUAGGCGUGACCAAGAUUGUGGAUGAGUGCAUGCAAAUGUUCGCUGGACAAGGACUCACGCAGCACACAUUCCUCCCUGAAGCUUGGACGUACGCCAGAUUCGCUCGGAUUGCAGAUGGGCCAGAUGCUGCUCACAAGCACCAAGUUGGGCGAGAUCAGCUGAAGACUGCGGCUGAAGUCAGGUCGAAACAUCUCGGGUACAAGAACAGAUACCAUGAAUUGGCAAAGGAGUGGGGAGUGCCUGCGACAGAACGCUUUGAGUAUGUUGCGCGGAUCGAGAAGUUGUAA